AUGAUUUCUGUAUUUUGAAAGUUGUGUAUCUUGAAAACCAUUGUAUCAACAAUGGACUAAUGAAACAAAUAACAAAAUAUCGUUUUUGAGUGGAAUUUUCCUUUCACAGAGGUCCUCUGUUUUGUUUUCUAGUUCUGUGUAGAAAUGACAUUGUGUAUAUUUUUUAGUUAAGCGUUCCCUGUAUCACAUUUAAUGUAAUACUAUUCUACAUUCUGGGUGCUGCAUAUGUUUGGAGGCUCAGGUUGAGUACAAUACAAUGCAUCACUCUUUGAAUUAAGGAGAGACAAUUAUGUAACGUAAUAAAAUUGUGUUCAAUAAUCAAAAGCAGCCUAAAAGCAAGUCAUGAAUAGUGUUGUGUUUGUGUUUUAUUCCUCAAAGUGCAACAUUGGUAUAGGAAAGAUGAUUGGAAAUUGAAAUGAUGCAUGUUGCUAUUGUUUUCAGUGACUUUUUAGUACAUUUGAUCUAGAAAAUUAACAGUAAAAACAAGCAGAGAGCGAGAGAUCACAAUGUAAUCCUUUGCAUGGUUUACUGGCGUAAACAUUCAAAUGAGAACUGCAAAUGUGUGGCUGUGGUUCAUUAACUUCAAAGGUACUUAGUAAUUUGUGAAAUGUGUUUGCCUGCUGUUUAUGCUUCUCAUGGAGUAAUGCUGAUUUGCCUAUUUAUUCUUUGAAAACAAGAAUCAAAAUGAGUUGUCUAUCGGUGAUGUCUGUAGUGAUUGUUUUCCUCUUUCAUUUCCUUUAGGCUAUCUUUAUUUAUUUUUUAAAAAGGUUACCAUUUUAAUAUAAUAGAACUUAAUCAAUCUACUAUCUUCAACUAAAUACAAUGCAGAAAUUAAACAAAUAAUGGAUCUGAAUGGUGUGUUGUAAAGGAGAUGUUUUUAUGUUGGUUACGCUAUAUACAAGAGCUUGGUGUAAAUACAUAUUUCAAGCUCAUACGAUGUUGGAAUUUUGAAUUCUAAAUGUUUGAACAGGAGAGUCAAUAAAAAUCAGUGAUUAUUAGUUUAAUUUAUGUACAUUUUUGUGAUGCUUUUUAGACAUACAGGAAUGCUUAGGUGAUCCGUGUCUAACUUUGAGUGGUUUUAGUCAGCUACAUAGCUUUCUUGAUGGCUUUGAAAUGUGUAGGAAUAAUUUAUACCUACUGAAUAUUACAGUAUAUAACAUAACAACCUGUUAUUUUUAUAGAGCACUCAUUUAACAUUUUGCUGAUACUACUUGAAAAAUAUUUGUGACAUACUGUACACACCUAUUAUGUGAGGAAUGUAUGUCCUGUCUCCUUGUAUUACUCAGGGCAUAGUUGUUUUGUGGGGUCAGAACAGUUGUCCAAGUUUGGUGUCAUUGAAGAAGAGAGGGUUAUCUAUAAACUCAGAGCUAAAACUCCAUCCAAGGUUUACUAAUGGUACCAAGUCCGUUUUCAAUUUCAGUUAGGAAUGUCGAUUUCAACACAAUAUAAAAUCUAACUUUAAUGCUGCAAGAUGUUUUGACAGGAUAAAGCUCUCUUUUUCCACAUUGACAUGAUCAUUCUCUAUAGCUGAAAUACCCUGCUCAUAGAAGACAGUACUUUAAGUAGAUUUUGAUUAGUCAUACCCAAUAAAUGACCAACUCCAACGGAGUGAAACUACGUGCUCAAAUAAGUGAAACAUUGCUAAUUUGCAACCGGAUUAAAGAUAAUUGGUCAUCAUUAUACGCAUACUAUUUCCUGUGGCAUGCAGUCUAACAUCCAUAGUCACCUUACGUAGCAUACUAACCAGUCUAGGUCCAUCGACAGAAGUGGAAACGUACCUUUAAAAUGCAGGAUGUAGAGAUGCCCGGACAGUGUUCAAUGUGUGUUGUUGCUCUCAUUAUGACACUUCUAGAACCUCUUUUUAAAAAACGUACUCUAUAAGAAUGAAUUCGGUCCAAUGUCAAGCGGGUACCUUCAUUUUGAGGGAGGAGUUAGCUAUCCGUCAACUCUUGGUUGACUUUGGUACCUCCUUUUCAAGACCUGCAGCACUUGGGCCAAAUAAUGUAUAUGUCAGUAAGCCUAUCCAGCAGUCACGGUGGAAGGACACGGCCAAGGCUUGCACUGAGCAUCUCAAAAAGGGUUUAUUGCCUCUCAAAACGAAGACACCACACUCAAGUAUCAGAAGAACUGUGGCUAGAAGGAGCAGAGAGAAGAGCACCAUCCACUGAGCGAGAACAAUAGCAGAGAACCAUCUGAAAAGCUGGUAAACUGCUAUCCAUAGCGAGAUGAAAUUCUUCAAGAAAACUAAAGAUGAGGAGCCAACUGCUCCAGGGCAGGUGGCAAUCAAAAAGAGAUCCAGAGUCCCUGGGGUCAUGAUUACACAGUUUGUGGAGGAGCUUCCUGAGGGCAUGACCACUCCUGAUUUCACCCGCAAACCCAUCGCUUUGACUAUUCAGGAAGGGAAAUGUGCUGUUUUCAAAGCAAUUGUGUCUGGUAAUCCGACACCAACUGUUCAUUGGACAAGAAGUAACGGAGAAGUAAAUGACCCAGAAAGAUACAAAAUGGUGUCUGAUCCAGCCACGCCUAAUGAACACUGUAUAGAGAUGCCGGAAGUAUCAACAGAACAAGCUGAUACCUACAAAUGCUUUGCCACCAAUGAGUAUGGAAAAGCUGUGGUCACCGCUAACCUCAAUGUAAUUGAAAUGGGAUAUAAGAAGAGCAAGGCUAUGAAAGAUGCACGAGCAGCUGCUGUGAAGCCACCUGAAGAUUUCAAAAGUCUCCUAACAAAAGCGGUUGUAGGACCAGACAAAGUUGAGAAAAAAGAUGGAGAAAUCGAUCCAAGGUUUUGGGAUGUGUUGAUGAGUGCCGACAAGAAAGACUAUGAGAAAAUCUGUCAUGAGUUUGGAGUCACUAACUUUCGCUGGAUGCUGAAGACACUGAAUGCGAAGAAGGUUGAGAGGGAGGAGGAACAAGCAAAGUAUGUCGAAAACCUCAGCAAUCUGAAACACAUUGAAGUCAAACCUGGUGGAGGUGCAGAGUUUGAAUUUGAGAUGUCGCUUAAAGACCCCAACGUUAAGAUCUUCCUGUUCAAGAAUGGAGUAAUGGUUCCUUUCAGUGUCGACACAGAAGAGAAGCAUUUUCUGAAGAAAACAGGCAGAAAAUUUACAUUUGGCAUUAAGGAUCUUGCAGGAGAUGAUGAAGGAUUGUACCAAGUGAUGGUGGAGGGAGUACUUAUCUUCUCAACUGACUUCAAAGUUCCCAUGGUGGACUUCCUGGUCAAGAUUCAGGAAGUGAAGGCCAUGGAGAGAGAGGAUGCCGUGUUUGAGUGUGUCCUGUCAUCCCCCAUGUCAAAGAUUCAAUGGACGGGAAGGAAUCAACCAUGUGAACAAGGGGAGAAGUUUGACAUCGAAGUGUCAGAGGACAUGCUCAUCCAUAGAUUGGUUGUGAAGGACUGUGCGAAACUGGAUGGUGGCAUCUAUUCAGUAUCUGCAGGGAUCAAGUCUUGUAAUGCCUUUCUUGUUGUGGAGGCUGAUAACGAUCCAGCCAGCAAGGGGAAAAAGAAAGUACGCAAAACAACUCGAGCAGGUGGGGGAGACGUAGACUUGGCUAAAAUAGCUGCAGAGCAGCAAGCUAAGCUGGCGAAAGAGAGAGAUGAGAGAAUGGAGUUGAAGAAGAAAAGGGUGAGAACAGGUCCACUGAUCCCAGACACCAUCAUAGUUGACAACCACUUGAUGUAUCCUCUAGACCCAGGAGUGCACUUCACCAGUGGAUUGUCAGACGUCAGUGUUAAUAUGGGAAACAGAGGGGAACUGGAAUGUAAACUGAGCAGUGACAACUGUGAAGGAAUCUGGUACAAAGAUGGAGAAGAGAUAGAAGCAUCAGAUGAUAUUGAGAUGACACAUGAUGGGGCCUUUCACAGGCUUAUACUGAAGAACUGCAAGGAGGAAGAUUCUGGCAAAUACCGAUUUGAGGCUGAUGGACGUAAAACAGAGGCCAUGCUCAUUGUAGAGGAUCCACCCAGAGUAAACCCAGAUGACUUGGCUGACUUCUCAAAGCCCGUCAUAAUAAAGGUUGGCCAGAGCGCUACCUUCAAGCUGUCUUUUAUGGGUCGUGACCCAAUUAAGAUCUAUUGGUACAACGAAGGUGAGGAGUUGGCAGAGGACAAACACAUCAACAUUGAGAAGUCGCUCACACACAGCCGCCUCCUCCUCAGCAAGUGCCAGCGGAAAGCCACAGGAGAAAUCAAGAUCAAGAUAAAAAAUGAAUGUGGAACCAUUGAGGGCAUAUCCAGGUUGAUUGUACUGGACAAACCAAGCCCUCCCCUAGGACCUGUGGAGAUCAUUGAAGCUUCUUCGGCUGUCCUUGACUUUAAAUGGAGGCCUCCCAAAGACGAUGGUGGCUCUCCUGUGAUCAACUACAUCCUGGAACGCCAGCAGCUGGGCCGUAACUCCUGGAUGAAGCUGGGUCAGAUCCCUGGAGAGCCCAAAUACAGGGACACCAAUGUAGACCAUGGCAGGAAGUAUUGCUACCAUGUCAGGGCUGUGACUGAGCAGGGCAUAAGUGAAAUGAUGGAGACAGAUGACAUCCAGGCUGGUACAAGAGCAUAUCCCGGACAACCUUCCUCACCCAAAGUGGUCAGUGCCUUUGCAAACUGCAUCAAUCUGGAAUGGGUUCCCCCUUCCAACACUGGAGGAACUAAUAUUCUAGGAUACCACCUGGAGAAACGCAAGAAGGGCAGCAAUCUAUGGGGUUCAAUCAACCAUAUGAAAGAGCCUAUCAAAGGUCAAGGGUUUGCUGUCAAAGACGUUAUUGAGGGAAUGGAGUAUGAGUUCCGUGUUGCAGCCAUCAACAUAUCUGGUGCUGGAGAGCCAAGUACCCCCUCUGAAUCUGUUAUUGCAAGAGACCCAAAGAAGCCCCCCGGUAAAGUCCUUGACCUGAAGGUGACGGGCUCCACCUACACCACCUUGUCCCUGGGUUGGACUAAACCAAGGGAGGAAGAGGGGGUUGAGGAUGAAGCCAAGGGAUACUUUGUGGAGAUCAGACCAGCAGCAAACCCAGAGUGGGACCGCUGUAACAAUAACCCCAUCAUCAUGACCUCCUAUAACAUUUUGGGUCUUAAGUCAAUGGCCAUGUACUGGGUGAGAGUGAUCGCCACCAAUGACGGGGGAGAAGGGGAGCCCAAAGGCUUGGAAAGCUACAUCAUUGCAAUGCCCCCCCCAGGCGAGUGA